AUGUCGGCCUACUGCAUCUCAUUGGAUAGUUCUGACAUCAUUGCCAUAGUGCUGGUUUACUGCAUGGCACUUGGAGUUCUUAUGGGCGGACUUGUGAAAGCCGCAGAUUCAGUUUCGGUGUGCAUAUCUAAAGGUUUAGGCGUCCCCAUUGGAUUCAAAGGCUUUUAUCCAUUUGCUGAGGCUAAUGCUGAGGAGUCUGGUGUUGAAUUCAGCUAUAACAAGAACCUCAUUGAUCUGAAGAAGGAAUUCUGCUGCAAUGGUACUGUAGUUCAGGACCCAGAGCUAGGCCUGGUCAUUCAGAUCCAAAACAUUGAGUCGAAAUUGAGACAGAUAGAGGAAGAUCCUGAAGGUGCAGGUACUGCUCACUUGUAUUCAGUGACACUAAAAAUUAGUGGUGUGGCAAAUCGUGCAUUUGAGCCUCUAUUUGAGAGGCAGACCCAAGCUGAAAAGAUCAGAUCUAUUCAGGGAAUGCUUCAAAGAUUCCGAACACUAUUUAACCUGCCAAGUGCAAUCCGUGGGAACAUUAGAAAAGGAGAAUAUGAUCUUGCUGCAAUUGCACAAGUAAGAACAGUGUACUCUUUUGUCGGAGAGAGCAAAGCGCUCAAUUCAUAUUCUGAAGCAAUCCAGAACACACUGAAGCUUGGUUACAAAGCUGGGAUGGCCAAAGGUCUUGGAAUUGGAUGUACUUAUGGGAUAGCUUGCAUGUCAUGGGCACUGGUGAGACUUUGUAGAGAAAAAGCUACAUCCAAUGUGUAUGCAAUGAAAAAGGUUAAGAAGUCCGAAAUGUUACGAAGAGGGCAGGUCCUGCUCUGCGGUUUUCUUGGCAUCCCUCCAUCUAAUGGAGUGCUUCAUCAGUCUCCCGUGCACACAAAAAGUCUUACUGUCCUUAAGAGGCAGUUGCUAAGCAAAAAAAUGGUUGAUACUGCCAAGGAGAGCAUAGGAGGAAGUGCUACCAGUUUGGAAAUAUAUGGCAAGAUGGAAGAAGUUUUCAUCAAAAUGGAUAGCGAAGAGAAUACUGAUUCUGUUGAUAGGGAGUUGAAGAACUUCAAGGAUGCUGUUCUGCAAGAAGGCAAUGAAGAAGGGAGAUUGGCUAGAGAAUUUGACCCUCGCAAACAUAUAGAAGCCCACUUGCCUGUUCAAGUGAACGAAUAGAGACUGAGCAAUCUGCUGCAGUCCAUACUGGUUGGUGGGUGUGUUGGAGCUAUGCCAGUCAUCAGGAUGAUACCCACAUCGGUCCUCUUGGGUUACUUUGCCUACAUGGCCAUUGACAGUCUACCAGUGAAUCAGUUCUGGGAGAGGAUUCAACUUCUGUUCAUUACAGAAAGACGACGCUACAAGUAACAUCUCUGUCCCGCAGCAAUUCACUUCAACUGAACGAUUGGGCUAGCACGGGCACAAAUGCAGAGCAUGUGUUUCUUCUUUGCGACUAAUCAUUUGAUUACGCCGUGGUUGCAGGGUUCUUGAAGGUCCCCAUGCAUCGUUUGUGAGGUUGAUAUAAGCUUUUACUGUAGUACACAAUCAUGAAACUCUUUUAUCUUUGAGAGGUUGAUAUAAGCUUUUACUGUAGUACACAA